GCGAGAGAAGGGAGGAAGGGAGGAGGAGGAGGAGGAGAAGAAGAAGAAGAGUGGAGGAGGAGGAGGAGGAGGAGGAGGAGUGGGUGGAAGGACAGACAGAGAGGCAGACAGCCCUCAUCGGAUGCCCUGCGCUCCCAGCCUCUCCUCCUGGCCAAAAGAGGAGAAGAAGAAGAGGAAGAAGAAGAAGAAGAAAAGGAGGAAGAGGAGGAAGAAGAGGAAGGUGGCCCCACUGCUGCCAAGGAGGGUCCCCAGGCCCUGGGUCCAUGCCCCAAGAGACAGCUGCCAGCGAUGGCCUUGUCCCUGCCACGCACCCUGGGCGAACUGCAGCUGUACCGGGUUCUGCAGCGAGCCAACCUCCUCUCCUACUAUGAGACCUUCAUCCAACAGGGUGGUGAUGACGUGCAGCAGCUAUGUGAGGCAGGUGAAGAGGAGUUCCUAGAGAUCAUGGCUCUAGUGGGCAUGGCAACAAAGCCACUCCAUGUUCGGCGCCUCCAGAAGGCCUUGCGGGAGUGGGCAACUAACCCUGGUCUCUUCAAUCAGCCAGUGCCAUCCAUACCUGUAAGCAGUAUACCACUCUUCAAGAUCUCUGAGUCAGGAGGGCGUAAGUCACUCACCAAUGGGCACAUGAGCCCAGGGGAGAUCCCUGGCAAAGCCAGCUCAGAGACCCUUGCCAAGAGCCCCUCUGAGCCAAGAGAGAAGCUGUCCCCCAUGCCAGUCAUUCAUUGGGGCAACCUGGAGUCAGAAGAGGAAGGGAGGUCAUCUUCACCCAGCGAACACCCCUCGUCCACAGAGCAUCUAGAUCCAGAACUGGUCCAGGCGAUAUCAGAGGGUGUGGAUCGUCUUCUGCGCAGCUGCCCUCGUGGCGGCGAUACUGAGCUGAGGACCCUCAUGAAGCUGAACAAGAAACUGGCAAAAAACGUGGGCCAUAUCUUCCAGAUGGACAAUGUGGAUCCCCGCAAGGAGGAAGAGAUCCGUCGUCACAGUGCCAUCUAUGGCAGGGGAGAGGCCCGGCGAUGUGAGGGCAAGCAGCUUACCCUUCAUGAACUGACCAUCAAUGAGGCAGCAGCCCAGUUCUGCCUCCGAGACAAUUCUCUGCUGCUGCGUCGAGUGGAACUCUUCUCACUGUCACGUCAGGUGGCCCGGGAAAGCAGUUAUCUCUCUUCUCUUAAGGGACCCAGGCUGCAUCCAGAGGAGGGUAGUGCUGGGCAAGCCAAACGUAUCAAACAGGAGGUUGUAGAGCACAGUCGUCCGGAUCUUCCCUUGGUCUGUGAACCCUUCCUUGCUCAUUACCGAUCCAGUGUAGAAGAAGAUACAGCCAGCUUAUCAGGAGAAAGCUUAGACGGACACCCACAAGCCACGGGUUCCUGUCCCCGGCUUACGCCGCCUCCCAACACUGCACCUGAUGCGCUGCUCAGCCUCCCACCUCAUGGCCUGUGGAGUCGUCAUAUCCUGCAGCAGACUCUGAUGGAUGAAGGACUACGGUUGGCUCGGCUGGUAUCGCAUGAGCGGGUAGGACGGCUCAGCCCGUGCCUGCCAGGAAAACCCCAGGUGCCAGAUUUUGGGGAAAACCAUUCUGAGAGGUGCCAGCCUUCAGCAGCACAGCCUGAGGCUAGAAGGAACAGUGUUAAGGUGGAACCAGAGACCAGCCGGCCAUGAAUGGCAAGAGGUGACUCACUGGUCAGUCGCCAAGCAAUAAUGUGCCAACAACCAGCUCUGCAGAUUGAAGAGACUCCUGCAGGGGAGAAGGGUGCAAUCCUCCACAACAUCACAAGGAGGCAUAUGCUUGGCUUUCUUUGGACUGAAGAAGAGCUACCAUAUAUUUAACACAACACACCCAUUAUACCACUCCCUGUUCUCUUCACAAAAAUGGAGAACCUGCCUGUGUGCCCCCUAAGCAUAAAGUAGGACUAUAUAGACAGGGAAAAUGCAUCAUUGUCAGAAGCCUGUCACCUUAUUAAAACUGCAAGAAGGAGGCAUCCUGGCUACAGCUGAUAGCCAUGAGCUCAGGGAGUUCAAAUCUCCAAUUGGUUUGGCCUUGCAUGGGACUACUGGUAGGUCAGUUUUACCCACAGCCUUUUCCCUUAGGUGGGACCAAGGACUGUGAUGUAUACAUAGCCAUUUUUUCCCCUAAAAAAGCACAUAAAUAUACUAUUUUACAGUUAAGACAUUCAGUUUCUCAGUUGCACACACUGUUCUUUCUAAAUGUGCCCCGCACCCACAUUUCUUACAGCCAUGAUUUGACUCAUAUAUACCUCCCAUAUGUGUACAAUAAAAUGCAUAGACCGCCUAGUAACACAUUACUAAUGUCUGCACAUUAGGUUGUAUCCCUCUGUGUUGUAGAUCUCAUAGACAAGGCCAAGAGCACUUCUAACACAUCAUUACUUGUCCCCUUGGUUGAUGUUAUAUUGGUGUUUAGUCACCAAUAGUACCAAUGAACACAGCACCGACUAACUGUUCAACCCUGUUUUGGAUACUUUAAAGUAUUUGGCUUACAUGACUGCUCCACAAAGUCUAUUUCUACAAUUUUUAACCCUGUCUAUUAACCCUCAAAUUUUAUUUAACUAAUUGCCAUGAUUUGUUUGUGGGCAUGCUGCUAACAAUUUUCUGUCCCUGCCCAGCUGCAUUUGAGCAGCAGAUUAGCUUUUUUGACAGUUUACCGAAGUUACAGAGGUGCAGGAAUUCAAAUGGACUUGAGUCUUUUGACCUGUCAGCCUUCUUCUAAUCUACUUUAUGUGAUUUGCAGACAAUGCAAGGGAUGACAGAAAAACAAAGAGCUUCUCUCUUGUUGAAAGAGCCAGGAGGAGAGAACCAGCCUUAUUCUUCCACUAUAGCCAUUUCUUUGUUUCUUCUCUACUCCUGCCCUGCACUCAUACUUCUGGGGCUGUUUUCUUUGUAAUGCUUCAAUGCUAGCAGAAACAGGAAUCAAGGACUCCCAAAAGAAGAGGUGGGUGGUUUGACUCAACACCUGCUUUGCCUCUUUAGCCAUAUACACAAAGGAUAGAUUGCUGUUUGGAGCUUCCAUUUUAGAGCAGUUGCAUAAGUAUGAGGAGUUGGCACACAACUGUAGCGGCAAAAAGACAGUGAACAUGCAAAAUGCAGAUAGAGUGGCCCAGACAUCUGUGCUAAUCAUUUAUUGGGGGAAUUGUUCUUAUUAGUUCAACAUUUCCACUUUGAGAAUUGAUCUGAUGUUCAAUUGCUGCUGGAAAUUCCAGUGUUAAGGUCAACAGAAGUCAGAAAAGAUUUGAAGGCACACAACAACAACCAUUCCUAUUUCCUCCACAAUCUCUGAAUGGAAAACAGUAGACAUUUCUGAUGUGAACUGCUCCUCAUGCAGAAAUAGUUGGCUAUGGCCUUUUAAGGAAACCAGGGGCCAGCUGAAAUGAUAUAGCUGCUCAAAGCAAAUGUUAAAACUUACAGUGACUAUCCUGUAUCAUGUUCUAUGCCAGGUGUGGGUUAGAUUUUCUUUUAUAAGCUUUCUUGACUGCAGCCCCCUCUUUCUGUUCAAUAACAACUCAACUGGGCCAGCUUUGAGAAAGGAAACUCUCCAUCCACAAGGGAAUUGGAUCUAACCAUCACCUCUCAGAAUAAGAGCCAGAAGAAACAGCGAUAACUCAGUCCCCCAAAGAUGUCGUCACAAGAGCAGUCUGGCAGCAAACUUCAUAACAGAAAAGUAUUGUUUGAAAAAGACAAGUACAAAACACAGAUGAAGCUCAGCAUUGAGACAAAAUAAAAUAGUUACUUGCUAUCCGUUCUAGUUCCUACCAUCUCCCAUAGAAUAUUGGUGUCUUUAUAUAGAAAAAAUGACUACCCUUUCCUUUGUAAUGUGUACAGUAGAUUAUUUAUUUUGUUAUUUUGGAAUAAAGUCUUAUUUUAUGGCUUA